CGGUCAAAGAACGGAAAUCUGAGCUUUAUCUUCAUUUUUUUUUACUGCCCAAAUCUCCAACUCCCAGGCUGGGCCUUAAAGUCUAAACCCAUCGGUAGCAUCACCCGCCCCAAAGCGACUAAAUACGCCACCCAGUUUGCUAAAGCAACCGAGUUCCACAUCAGAUUUCUCCGCCAUGGCUUUACGCUUAAAAGUUUUGAGUAAGAAAGUGCAGAAGUUUGAACGGAGGGGCAUGCAGAAUUGUAAACUUAACCCUGAAAGAGUGCCCGCUUUAGAAGCCACACUUAAUGAUGUUUUUGAUGUCUCUCGUCCUAAGCCUCAUGAUUAUGAUGUCCGGAAAGACUUGGUUCGGAUUUUUAACGAAAUCUCAAGGGAAAUUUUUGGCAAAUCUACUGACAUUCCUGUUGUGGAGGAAUUUGGUUCUUUUGUGAUGGAUCUUUUCAAUGCAAAAAGUGAUUUAGAUCUUUCUUUCAACUUUACCCAAAGUCGCGUUCAGAUUACACGGGAGAAGAAGAUUCAAACGCUCCGGAAGCUUGCAAAGAAGUUUUAUGCCUUGCAAAGUGGCGGGCAUGUUUAUGGCGUACAUCCAAUUACUACUGCCAAAGUUCCUAUUCUUAAAGUUGUUGACCGCGGAACUGGUGUUGAGUGUGAUAUAUCAAUUGAAAACAGAGAUGGGAUUUUGAAAUCUCAGUUAAUUCGAAUAUUUUGUUCUAUAGAUGAAAGGUUCCGGAAGCUAAGUUUUUUGAUGAAAACAUGGGCAAAGGCACAAAAGAUCAAUAGCUCAAAAGAUGGAACAUUAAACUCUUUAUCUAUAAUACUGUUGGUUGCUUUUCAUUUGCAGACACGGAAUCCUCCUAUACUACCUCCAUUUUCUGCCUUAUUUAAAGAUGGUACUGAUCCUGCAUCAGUGGCCAAGCUGCUGAGUAACUUUGUGAACUAUGGAAAAAGUAACAAAGAAAGUGUAGCUGAGCUCCUGGUUUCUCUACUGAUGAAGUUAUCAUCAGUUGAAAAACUUUGGCCCAAAGGUCUCUGUGCUAGUGUCUAUGAAGGUUCUUGGACAUCAAAAACUUGGGCUUCUAAAGUUGGCGCCAUUAGUGUUGAAGAUUUUACUGAUCGGUCUCAAAAUGUAUCAAGGGCAGUGGCGGCUCCAGAAGUUAAAGUUAUUUACGAAUGCAUUCAUCAGUCUAUCCGGCAUCUUUUUGCAUUCAUGAAUGGGCAAAUCGACGGAUUCAAGUUGGGGGAACUUUUAUUUGGCCAGGUUGCCAAACAGCUGCUAGUGAGUGCUGGAGUUGCUAAUUCUAAGAUGAAGGUAGUCACACCCUCAGUCGGUGCUGUUAACACAAACGGAGCACUGCCUCCUUCUAAUACUCAAUUGGCCCAGGCAAAAGGGGCCCAAAAUAAAAUACAUUGCCAAAAGAGAGAGCAUGAGAGGCCUGCUGAUUCCACCCUGACCAAAAAGAUGCGGUAUGGUGAUGGUUGGAGUAGAACUCUUCCUGGCAGUUGGGGAGGAACGUCAUCUGCAAAUUGGGUGGCAGGACAGCAACUUCCACAUUUUGAGUUGGAACAGGCACAAAAACGUCCGGAACAUUGGGGAAUAUUGCCAAACACUGGCUGGGGAGGUACUCAGCAACCUAAUGCUGGAGGUUGGAAUGGAACAUGGCAGACUCAAGCUCCAUCUUAUCAUGCUGGACCAUAUUCUUCGAGUUCAAGUAACCAGCUUUUCCCUGCUUCAUUGAGACUUCAUUCUGUUCAGACCAAUCCAUCCACUUUUGGAACUUCGUGACCCUCUUUCACAACAAACUUACCUCCUCAAGGUACCCAAUGAAUCUCUACCCAGCUCUAUCCUGCAACAGGAUUUUGUAUAUCAUCUAGAGUUAGACGUCACAGUUAAUCUAUUCUUACAAGUCAACAGCAAAAUUGAAGGAUUGGAGCAAGAAUCCAUGCACUUCAGUCUCCUCGAGUGAUUCAGGGUUUAAAUUUCUUUAGCUCCCUCCUGUUUUGUGGGUGUUUUUUUGUACAAUUAGGUGGGGGCAGGUAGGUGUAAAUGAAAUGCCAAGGGUUGAAUGUCUAUGCUUCAGCUUGUAAAUAGUCAUAGUGUUGUAGACUGAUACUGAGAAGGCAUAGGAUUUCUCCUAAGAAGAAACCAUGUGCUUCUGUUGAUCACUUAGUUCUCAAUAUUCAUGAUUUUUUUUUCCCUUCUGCGC